GCUACUGGUGAAGGCUUGUUGUCCGAUUUGAGUCGACUAAACUUCCACGUCGAUAAAACAGAGCGUUACCGUCCGAGGUGUUUCAUCACAUCUACCACUGUUUCACUGGAUGGCAAGUUACAAAAUCAGUGGACACUGGAGGAAACUUUUAUUGACGAAACGCAUAAUGCUGCUGUGUGUCGGGAGAAAAAACUGCCAAGUCACUGCAUUUUCUCAGUGGAUCCAGACGCAAGAAUAUGCUUUGGUUUUGUUACACUCGAUUUCCUGCUCGAGGGUGCUACUGUUUUGAAUCCGUUGGCCGAAGACGCUGCCGUUCAGUGGGCAAAUUUUAAUGAAAAGCCACGGAAGCCGUUUUAG